CAGGUCCAGCGUCGUGGUCCCAGGCGGUGAGGACAGCCACUGGAGCUUCGGCCGGGGCGGGAUGAACGGACACAGCCGGAACGGGCAGCCCCACGCCCCCCGGCGGAAACGUCGCAACCGCUUCGUCAAGAAGAAUGGCCAGUGCAACGUUUACUUCGCCAACCUCAGCAACAAGUCGCAGCGCUACAUGGCGGACAUCUUCACCACCUGCGUGGACACGCGCUGGCGCUACAUGCUCAUGAUCUUCUCGGCUGCCUUCCUGGUCUCGUGGCUCUUCUUCGGCCUCCUCUUCUGGUGCAUCGCCUUCUUCCACGGAGACCUGGAGCCCAGCCCGGCGCCGGCCCCCGGCCCUGCCGGGGCGGGCUCCGGGGGAGGCGGGAGCCCGCAGCCCGCGGCCGUGAAGCCCUGCAUCAUGCACGUGAACGGCUUCCUGGGCGCCUUCCUCUUCUCGGUGGAGACGCAGACCACCAUCGGCUACGGCUUCCGCUGCGUGACCGAGGAGUGCCCGCUGGCCGUCAUGGCGGUGGUGGUGCAGUCCAUCGUGGGCUGCGUCAUCGACUCCUUCAUGAUCGGCACCAUCAUGGCCAAGAUGGCCCGGCCCAAGAAGCGGGCCCAGACGCUGCUCUUCAGCCACCACGCGGUCAUCUCGGUGAGGGACGGCAAGCUCUGCCUCAUGUGGAGGGUGGGCAACCUGAGGAAGAGCCACAUCGUGGAGGCCCACGUGCGGGCCCAGCUCAUCAAGCCCUACAUGACGGAGGAGGGCGAGUACCUGCCCCUGGACCAGCGGGACCUCAACGUGGGCUACGACAUCGGGCUGGACCGCAUCUUCCUGGUGUCCCCCAUCAUCAUCGUCCAUGAGAUCGACGAGGAGAGCCCCCUGUACGGCAUGGGCAAGGAGGAGCUGGAGUCGGAGGACUUCGAGAUCGUGGUCAUCCUGGAGGGCAUGGUGGAGGCCACGGCCAUGACCACGCAGGCCCGCAGCUCCUACCUGGCCAGCGAGAUCCUCUGGGGCCACCGCUUCGAGCCCGUGGUCUUUGAGGAGAAGAGCCACUACAAGGUGGACUACUCGCGCUUCCAUAAGACCUACGAGGUGGCCGGCACGCCCUGCUGUUCGGCCCGGGAACUCCAGGAGAGCAAGAUCACCGUCCUUCCUGCCCCGCCGCCACCGCCCAGUGCCUUCUGCUACGAGAACGAGCUGGCACUCAUGAGCCAGGAGGAGGAUGAACUGGAGGAGGAUGUGGCUGGCUUGGGGCUGGAGGGUGGCUCUAAGGAAGAUGGCGGCAUCAUCCGUAUGUUGGAGUUUGGGAGUCACCUGGACCUGGAGAGGAUGCAGGCCACCUUGCCCCUUGACAACAUCUCCUACCGCCGGGAGUCGGCCAUUUGACCUCCCGCCCUCCUGUCCGGCCCUGCGCCCCCUUUCACACCUCGGGCCCUGACGUACCCCCAUUCCCUAUCCCCCUGUGGGAAGACCCCCCUUUCUAGACAGGAGAAAGAGCGGCAGGCCAUGAACAUCUCCACCCCAAGUAUCCCUGGGACAAACUUUCCUCCUUCCCAAGGACCGAACCCACUCGGCUCCUGGGUGCCCUUCGGGGGGCCACACGGGGCCAUCGGGAGUGGGAGUACGGGCGGGGGCCUGUGCCCCAGGCCCUUCAGUGCCCAACUGUUAAACCGUGGCAGCAGGGAAGCCCCUCUCCCUGAGCUUUGCCGUACCCACCACCCCACUCCAUUCUGCUUCUGCGAGCCUCACGCUCACACUCCUCCUGGGGACCCGGAACUGCCCAACGUGGCACCCCUAGACCCGUCCAGGACGUGCCCCCACGUGCCCUGGAGAACCGCGGGGAGGUCCCGGGGGCUCACACAGGGGCCAGGGCAGGAGGGCUGCUUGGGGGGAAGCAGAGGGAAAGGUUUACCUUGCAUGUUUGUGACUGUCACACGUCCUUUUGUAAAUAUAUACAUAGAUAUAAAGACAAGAGAGAUCCAAGCCAGAUUCUUCCAUUCCCGGGGCAGGCAAUGGAGGAGGUGAAGCUGGGGCCCUCGCCUUCUCCCCACCGUGGACUGGCUCUUGGGCUCCCUCAGACUGAGGCCUGAAGGCCCAGGGCUCCCAGGGGUCAAGGCUUGGGCCACUCGCCCCAUCUCCGCUGGCCCCCUGACCUCCCACCCCCAGCUUCUCGCCCUCCCUCCUGCCUUUCCCACACGCAGCUGUACAAUGGGGUUUUUAAUGAUUUUUAAUAAAGUAUCCAAUCCAAAGGAGGGGCAGGAGGAGACCUA